AAAACCAAUAAGCUGGUUUGAAAGAUUUAAAAAACGUCGAGUGUCAACUACAAUACAAACAACUGUUGUUCCUCCAGACUCCAGAGUGACAAACACACGAGGAAAACAAGAAGUAAUAAAAUCUCUAGAUCUGUCUGGCUUUGACUCGUUUUAAUGAGAUCGAAUUGUAAACUUUUAUCUUUUAAUCAGCAAUAUAAUGUCCGAAGCUGAUGUCUCUUACAGCUGUGGGUCUUGUGGAUACCCUCUAAACUUAUCAUCUUCGAAUUGCAUCACCGCUGGCAUUGGAUCCGAGUAUCAGAAAUCCAUAAAGAAAGGUUUUAUCACUUUCCUUUCUGUUGAUCUAAGUCGAUACACACAGGUUGAUGAGGUGAAUUGCUUUCCUGUCACUUGGGGACGUUAUGGUUCAAAAACUAAACUCUUAUGUCGAAAAUGCGGGGUUCUUAUAGGCUAUGGACAUGGCUACUCACCUGCUCUUUGUGGUUUUGACUCCCCUAACACAACUAGCUCAGCUUAUAAAAAGUUCACUAUAAAGAUCCGAGCACUACAGCCUUCAGAAGAUUGCCAAUAAGGUUGAUAUGGAAGAUCCAUCUGGUGAUGGACACACCUAUAUCAUGCACUUGCCUGAUGAUUGCCUCUGUCAUAUUUUCCAAUGGCUUUGUGGUUGAUUCAAUCGUGAAUCUUUUGGUUUUACUUGCCAUAGCUGGCUUAAUAUUCAAAAUUUAAGUUGUAGAACCUUGGAAUUCGAUGCUCACUCUCCCAACCUUCCCAGACUACUCUCAACAUUAAUUCCUACCAUCUCUACAGACUGCUCACUCGGUUUCAGUAUUUAGAGUUAUUGUUGCUUUGUGGUUGCACUGAGCUACCUGAUUUGGGCCUAAACCAGUUGCAAUAUUAUGGUUCAAAGUUGCAAACUUUUAUUCUGGAUUAUUGUUUCCUUAUCACUAAUAAGGGGACAUUCCCAGAUUGGUGCUUGGUGUCUCACUAUAACAAGUAUUAAUCUUUAUAGGUGCAAUGUUACUGAUGCAGGAUUAGAAAUUUUGGCUAGUGUUUGCUCAACUUUGGUGCAUGUGAAUCUUUCAUGUUCUCACAUAUUUCUGACUGUGGUUUAAAAGCUCUUUCACAAAGGUGCUGUCAACUUGGAGCAGUAAAGAUAUCUUGUUGUGGUGAUAUAAAUGGCAUUGGCUUCAGAGGAUGCUCAGCAACAUUAACUUUUAUUGAUGCUGAAUCUUGUAACCUUAGACUGGAGAGGAUAAUGGGGUUUGUUAGUGUAGGUGGGCUAGAGAUUUUAAAUGUUUCUCCUGUAAACUGGCUUGGUUAAGGUUUGAUUGGCAGCCGUCGGGUCAGGAAAUGCCUCAAGGCUUAAAAUCCUGAACUUUCGUAUGUCACAGAAGUGUUGAUGAUGCAGCUGUUAUGACUAUUUCAAAGGGUUGUCCAUAAUUUCAAGAGUGUAAUAAGGUGUGGCCGGGUUUUCAUGAUGGGAAUCUAUUGGCUUAAACUGCACUAAUUUGGUGAACUUGACGUGAAUCCGCUGUGAGAAUCUAUUCCCUCGUGGACUAGAGAUGUUGUACAUGAAUCAGAAUCCUCAAAUAUUUUUAUUUUCAAUAGAGCUGUUUAAACUUAUGGGAGGUGACAGGAAGAUAAAGGAGGAAGAAAUAAUGUGUAGGGCCUGUUUGGAAGGAUCAUUAGAUUACAUUUGUAGGUACAUUCUUUUCAAAUGACAGAACUUGGUUAUAUGGCAUUAGUGAAGCAGCAAUUUCUCUGAUGAAUGUUAAGAUUGACCUUGUGUAAGGUGGAUUAUCAUUGCUUCUAUGAAUACUAAUUGGAUCAAUAUGAUAAUAACCUUCCAAUA